AUGCGAAAUCGCAACCAGAAGGUUUUGAAUCCUGAGCCGAGGAUUUUGUGGUCUGAUGCAGACACACCCGAAGGCCUCGUGCCGGUGCAAAUUCGCCCCGCGGACUGUGAUGACUUCGGAUACCUGAAGCACGCCGCGGGAUUCUCGCUGCUGGAACAAGCCGUGGUUCAGUGGAGUUCCGCAGAUGCCAGGUACCUGACCUGGCCGGUGAAGGACUACUGGUUCCAUGUUUCCCUAUCUGGCAGGGACUCCUCGCGCAGCCUGUGGGCGGAGGUAACCCGUUCCGGCGACCUGUUGUCCCUUUCGUCAUGUGAGUUUCGUGUCUCCUUUUAUUCCACCUUCCGGAGCAACUCCACUGAGACACCCGUAGCUCGUGGAAGCAUCCGGUAUGGCCAAGAGAACUCGGAAAAAGUAUUGGAAAGCCCCGGUCACUCUCAGUUCGGACAGGGGCUCAACAGCUUAAAAUUAGACGUCCAACCUCACAGGCAGACAUCGGCACCCGCCUAUCUACAGGCUUGUAACUGCCCUAGUCACAAGUCCUUUUUGCACUCCUCAGAGAAGAGGUGGAGUUGA